CUACACCAGGCACUCAUCCAGCCAGGCACUCGGCGCACAGCAAUCCAAUUCGAUGAGCAGCUUCAAAAGCUCUAAGGGCGCUUGUUAAUGGUCUUGUAUGCUCACCUAUAUUAAGGAGUCUAUGCCUCAAUCACAUAGCUCCGCAACUACACUAGCGCCUCUCGUCCGCUACCGAAUACCAUUAACCAGAAAAUCAACUUCGAACAACGCCAUUUCAAUCGCAUUCUGUCUUUGUCCAAAUCGUCCACGUGCCGCACGUCAUCUCCAGCACUCGCAGGAGAGACAGCUUGUGUAUUAUCGACGCCAAUUGAGCAGCUUCAUACCCAACGCCUUUCAUCCCGUUUCAGCGCCGCUUGUCAAAAUGCCAGGUUCAAAGGACGGGAAGCAGGUUACUCUGGGGAGGUUUUUUGGCUCGACUUCUGAUGCGCCAAAGAAGCAAACGACUCUUUCUUUCGGUGGGGGAAGGAAUAAGUCCAGCGACAAGAAGAGCAGCAACGAUGUUGAUACGAAAGACGUUCAAGAAACUAACCCCGAGGUAGCCAAUAACAAUGACAGCGAAGGCGAUAAAUCCUUCAAAAGAGAGAAAAGUGAGGAAGCAAGUGAUAGUGACGGAAGCGAUGUUGUCCAACCCAGUCGCAAAAGGCGACGAAAGACCUCUAGCACUGCAAAGGCAGCCCCUAUUGAAAACCCAGAAUCUACGCCCUCACCCAAGAAAUCCAAAUCCCGAAACUCGCCGGUCAGAGCAGCAUCACCGCCUGUAAUUAUGAUCAAGGCGUCGGGCGAGGAAACCCCAGAAGACGCAGAAUACUCAGAGGUAGAGGAAGGAAUGUCCGCAAGCGAACACGAGGCAGAGGAAAAACCGGAGCUAAAGAAAAAAGAGAUUGAGAAAGUGCAGGCCACUUUGAAAGGAAGCGGGAAUGAUCCUUACCCCGACUGGAAGGCUGGUGAUCCUGUUCCAUACGCAGCAUUAUGCACUACCUUUUCGCUAGUCGAGAUGACCACGAAACGGCUAAUAAUUCUCGCCCACUGUUCCCGUUUCCUCCAACAAGUUCUUCGUCUCACCCCUCAAGACCUUCUCCCAACGGUCCAACUUAUGAUCAACAAGCUAGCUGCCGAUUAUGCCGGUAUUGAACUGGGAAUUGGCGAGUCCUUAAUCAUGAAGGCCAUUGGUGAAAGCACUGGCCGUAGUCUCGCGGUGAUCAAGUCAGAUCAGCAUGAGAUAGGCGACCUAGGCUUAGUCGCUGCUAAGAGCAGGUCAAAUCAGCCUACGAUGUUCAAACCAAAACCGCUAACAGUCCGAGGAGUGCAUGAAGGCCUGCUUGCCAUUGCCAAAGUUCAAGGCCAUGGCUCUCAAGAGAAGAAAAUUUCGGGGAUCAAGAAGCUGCUGUCUGCUGCCGAUGCGGCAACUACUGGAAAGGGAAGUAAGGGCAUCGAUAUUACCAAAGAUAAGGGAGGUCCAAGCGAAGCCAAGUAUAUUGUUCGCUUUUUAGAAGGCAAACUACGACUCGGGUUGGCGGAGAAGACGGUUCUUGUUGCCCUUGCCCAAGCAGUCGUUACACAUGAAGCCGUUAUGAAGGGCGACAAAGCUCCUUCUGCCGAAAAGCUCGCAGAGGGAGAGGCGGUAUUGAAGACUGUUUACAGCGAGCUCCCCGCAUACGAAGUCAUUGUUCCGACCAUGCUUGAGCAUGGCUUAUUCGAUUUGCGACAACAUUGCAAGCUACAGCCUGGUAUUCCCAUCAAGCCCAUGCUUGCUAAGCCAACCAAGUCCAUCACCGAAGUGCUCGACCGGUUUGAGGGGCGAGACUUUACGUGUGAAUACAAGUAUGAUGGCGAGAGAGCUCAAAUUCAUUUUGUUGCGCCCGACGCCACGCACCACUACCCAGGGGCAGAGCUCACGUUACAAAAGGACGGUACUGGACUUUCUGCCAUCUUUUCUCGUAAUUCCGAGGACCUAUCCAAGAAAUAUCCUGAUGUUCUAGCUAAGCUUAACACGUGGAUCAAAUCUGAUGUGAAGAGCUUUGUGUUGGACUGUGAAACUGUGGCCUGGGAUACCGAAAACAAGAAGGUUCUACCUUUCCAACAGCUUAUGACCCGCAAAAGAAAAGACGUGAAGGCAGAGGAUGUCAAAGUCAAAGUCUGUGUAUUUGCUUUCGACAUUCUGUUCUUGAACGGAGAGCCCACAGUUAAGAAAUCACUUCGAGAACGCCGGGAACUAUUACACCAAUCCUUCCAAGUAAUGGAAGGGGAGUUCCAAUUCGCCCAGUUCGGCAACACAAACGUUGUAGACGAGAUCCAGAACCUUCUCGAUGAGAGCGUCAAAGCAUCGUGCGAAGGGCUGAUGGUCAAAAUGCUGGACACAGAAGAGAGCGGCUACGAACCCAGUAAACGCAGUCGAAACUGGCUCAAGGUGAAAAAGGACUACCUCGCCGGAAUCGGCGACUCCCUCGACCUCGUCGUCCUAGGCGCCUACCACGGCAGAGGUAAGCGCACUUCAGUCUACGGCGCCUUCCUCCUCGCCGCCUACAACAACAGCACGCAAACCUACGAAACAAUCUGCAACAUCGGCACGGGCUUCUCCGAAGCCCUCCUCGAAGACCUCUACAACACCCUCUCCCAACUUACCAUCGACAGACCAAAGCCAUUCUACUCCCACUCCACGGUCCCCAAGGACCAACCAGACGUGUGGUUCGAGCCUCGACUCGUCUGGGAAGUCAAAACGGCAGAUCUCACCCUCAGUCCGCGGUACAAGGCUGCUGCCGACGAGUUCGUAGGCACAACGGGCGGAGGCAAAGGUGUUUCGCUGCGGUUCCCUCGGUUCAUCAAAUCAAGAGAUGAUAAGAAGCCCGAGCAGGCGACGACGACAAGAGCCGUCGCGGAAAUGUAUCGCAAGCAAGAGGCCGUCACACAGGAGAGUGCGGGCAAGGCAGCUGUGGAUGAUGACUUUGAAUAUUGAUCCGCGAACACCUACCUACUACCCACAUCGGUCAUGGUACAAUUGUGAAUAAAUAUAUUGUUUUGAAAACGCUGUAGCCUAUAUACAUCAUAUCAUACCCUACAUGGGAUGGGAAGAGACCAUAUAAGUUUUAUGUAAUACGAACUCAACUAUCAUUUCAUUAUUCAAGACAAAAGACGUAUCCAGUACAAAAAAGAAAACCAAAGAGACCAAUCGCAUGCAAUAAUCAUAACAAUAAGAACUGCACAGGGGGGAUGACAGAACUUCAAGUUGAACAGAGCCAUGGUUUUAUACAGAUCAUCAAUCAAUCACAACCUCUACCCAGGACAAUCUCACUUUGAGCAUUGUACAGAGAGG